UUCAUUCGACAGUCCUAGCAUCGGAAAGCUGAUUUAACAGCCGGCGAACACCCUCCGCCCACUGUUGGGUUGGCUUUCACGAUAUAUAACGUGUUAAUUUAAUAUUAAUGAAGUCGUUUAUUGGCUUAUACCCGCGUCAAUCUUAGAGUGCGACUUCAGUAGGUUGGCUGACCCCCGUGUAUAUUAUUACAGAGGACCAGGGUAAAAGUAAAAAUGUUGCGUACCCACGGCACUGGGACAGGCUGAAUGGUGUCAACAUUUUCUGUGAGCGCAAAUAAUAUACGUCUACAUUAAAUCGGAGCGCACAAGAUAUUACUUUAAAAAAUACGCAGGCUUGUUGAGUUCUCAGUAGACGUCAGCUCUCAGCCUCCCCAUGCCUCCAUCUCCUCUCGACGACAGAAUUGUGGUGGCGCUGCCAAGGCCGAUCCGACCUCAGGAACUUCGACUGCGCCUGGACACCAGCUAUUUGGACUCUGUUACCUCCAACGGCAAAACGGUCAUCAGCGCCACUGUGGUGAAGAUCCAGGCGACCAACCUCACGUAUAUGCCCUCAUCCAACGGCUCCACGCGCUCCUUGUCGUGUGGAUGCAGCAGUGGCAGCUGCUGCUCGGUGAGCACCUACGAGAAGGACGCCCACAGCCUGAGCCAGGUGAGCGCCAGCAGCCCCAACCUCAGCUAUGCUGGGGCCUCCAUCCCUAUGGUCAGCAACCAUGAGACUCUGACCAGCCACAGCCACAGCCCGGGCCAGCCCAAGGCCUCCCCCGUCCGGGUCAUCCACCCUUAUGAGCUGGCCAGGCGCAUGGCCCGCUGCCCCAUGGGCCACCCCGUGGGGCCCUUGCCGGUCAUCAUCGACUGCAGGCCCUUCAUGGAGUACAACAAGAGCCACAUCCAGGGGGCCGUUCACAUCAACUGCUCAGACAAGAUCAGCCGGCGAAGGCUGCAGCAGGGCAAAAUCACCAUGCUGGACCUUAUCUCCUGCCGCCAAGGCAAGGACUCUUACAAGGGCAUUUUCUCCAAAGAGAUCGUGGUUUACGAUGACAACACCAUGGACCCCUCCAGGGUGACCCCCUCCCAGCCCCUACACGUGGUUCUGGAGUCACUAAAGAGGGAGGGCAAGGAUCCCAUCGUUCUCAAAGGAGGCCUUAGUUUCUUCAGGCAGAACCACGAGCACCUGUGUGACCACUCGCUGCACCUGCACGAGGGCCUGGACUCCGCCGGGGCCUCCGGCCUCUCGGGGGCACUACCUCACUCCCUGCCCUCCACCCCAGACAUCGAGAACGCCCAGCUGACCCCCAUCCUGCCAUUCCUGUACCUGGGGAACGAACAGGAUGCUCAGGACCUCCACCAGCUGCAGCGCUUGAACAUCAGCUUCAUCCUCAAUGUCACCACCCACCUGCCCCUCUACCACUACGACACAGGCCUGUUCAACUACAAGAGGCUGCCCGCCACUGACAGCAACAAGCAGAACCUGCGCCAAUACUUUGAGGAGGCGUUUGAAUUUAUCGAGGAAGCACAGUGUGCAGGUCAGGCCCUGCUGAUCCACUGCCAGGCGGGUGUGUCGCGCUCGGCCACCAUCGUCAUCGCCUUCCUGAUGAAGCACACCUGGAUGACCAUGACUGACGCGUACAAGUUUGUCAAGACCCGGAGGCCUAUCAUCUCACCCAACCUCAACUUCAUGGGUCAGCUGCUGGAGUUCGAGGAGGACCUCAACAACGGCGUAACGCCUCGCAUCCUCACUCCCAAGCUGAUGGGGGUGGAGACCAUUGUCUAGGCAACCAUCCUGCCCACACACACACUUACACACGCACGCAACAUACAGUGUAAGAGCUACUGGCUACUUGGUACUAGUCCAGUUUGGAGUGAGAGAGAGAGGCACUUUAUUUGAGAAUCCCCUCCUGCUCAUCUGGGACUGUCUCCGGAGGGCUGGAACCCUAACCCGGGUCACUGACGAUAAGAAACAGCAGAAUCCCUGCUACUCCCAACUGGCUGCUGUCCCAGAAGAGCAGACGUGUUCGACAGAGGAGUGGUCAGUGGGAAGCUGUCCAUGCAUGAUCGAUGAGGAGAAAAACAUGAAGGAAAACAGAUGAACUGCUUUCAGAGAAAAAAGGCAAGCUGCUCUGUGGGCUUAUAGAAGUUACCAGUGAGAGGAACUCUUCCAGCUCUCACCGCAAGCUCCAAACACACGUUUAUGUUUGCAGGCUCCGGCCGAGCCAGCCAUGGCAGUGCCUGUCAGAAAAGAUGAAGACUUGUUUGGUGUGUUAAUGUUCUUGUUCUAUUUUUAUACGGGGUUAAUAGGGGUGACCAUGACGAGCCUGUAGUGGCUUACUGUGCAAUAAUUUCGGAGUGGAAUGCGACUUGAGAGUCUGAUAUUAUGUGUUUAUAUUGUUAAUAAAGAAAAAAAAUAAAUCCAGCUCUCUGCUGAAGCAAUUUUUUUUUGUUAAUUGUUGUAGAUUUACGGCUGUUUUUGCCAGUGCAAAAUGUGCCCUUUUGGAACAAAAUCUGCUGUAACAUUCAUGUGGAUCUUCUAAAACAUUUUUUUUCUUAAAGCUUUUCCUAAUGAGAUAAACAGUUGAUGUAUUCAACAUUCAAAUAUGUGAUGCUUGACAUGCUAUCAUGCUAUAUUGUAUUAAAACAUUUUGUUUAUUGUUCUGCACCAGCAAGGUAGGGCCCUAUGUUUUUGAUGCAUACAGUUAUGCUGUUAAGUGCUGCAAGGCUGGGUAUUAGAAUGGGAAAUUGUGUUUUUUAAAUUUUGUGUCACUGCUUUAUGGUGUGUGUCGGUUGUUGUCUGUGUACGUUGGUUUCAUUUAGUUCCCUGUUUAAAAAAUACAUGAAAAACAUCUCACAGUCCCAUUUUGUCUUGACCUUUCUUGUCUAACUUGGUUUUCCACCCCCACAUCCACCAUCUGCAUUAUCACUUUAGUAAUACAUUGAAAUAAGAUUUAACAGCCAUAAAAACCUAGUACUGCAUGAGUACUGGGAGCAGAUAGAAGAGCAGGCUUCUAUCAUGUUUGGCACAUUUCUGCUGUUGUACAGUUCCAUUAAGAUUAUCACUGCCUGCUACUGUAGUGUACCUUUGUCUGGUUGAGAUAUUUCACUCAUUGCCCUACUCUACUGUAGUGUCUAACCCUUGUAGGUAACGUUUUCUUGGUGCAGUAGUCUUUUCAGCUGUUCCAAGAUAACACAGGGCUAUGAAAUAAGUUGAGUCCAACUGCUGGAUUCAAACGAGACAUAUUUUCCGAAGUCAGGGUAAAAAGUAGUAAACUCCUCACCUAAUCACUUCAAACUCCCCAUCCCUUCAGCUAAGCAGCAGGGACGUAGGCUGCUCUGCCUUGUGUUUGCUAGUGCCUCAAUUGAUGCCUUAAUACAUGUUUGACCAGAGGGCUUGCGUCUGAUUUGGCCGUUUGCAUGCCGACAGCAGCCAACCAGGCUGUGGAGUAUAAUCUACUCCUCCCCUUCAGCAGUCAGUCUCUUAGUAGUUUCCAAAAACAAAAUGCCACUUUGCACACAGCUUCUCCUCACACAGGCUGUGAGGGACUAUUUGUUCAUAACUAGAUUGGAGUAACACUAUAUGUAAAUUUCAAAUCCAAAAAUACCUGUUUAGCUUGCCCUUGAGGAUCAUGUUAUUGUAAGUGUGUUUCGGUAAUGACAUCUGAAGGGAAAGCAGGGACCUGUAGUGUUGUUGUAAGUGUAAUCCACACAGAAUGCACUGACAGAAGAUGGCUGCCUGUGUAUGUGCUGUGUGACCCUUGGCUGAGUCUGUAUAUCUCAACAAAAUGUGUGCUUGAAUAAAACACGCUGGAUAAAACCAGGCAACAGGCAGCCACACACACUGUAAUUAAAGGACUGUGUUGAUGUUACGAUAUGCCCCAUAAUCAUCCUGACUCGACUGAGGCCAAAAUUCACAUGGAGAGAUCUUUAACCGAAGGCAAGGGAUAUAGAUCUUCAUUGGUCUGACUCGGUGUGGGAAAGACAGACUGCUUUUUUUAAUAAAAAAAAAAUGCUUCGCACGUGCAAUUAUAAUAUUUGUGUCGUAGUGUCCUUUGGGCUUGUUCUCUAGUGACUUUGCAUUAUAUAGUAUACCACAUUUAUAAAGACUUCAUACUAUAUUGCUUUUGAACCUAAAAACCCAAUGAUUACAAUAAAUCCUCCUCAAUAAGGAAGAAUGACAUUUGACAGUCGAUUGUGAGAGAAAAAAUAAACAUGCUCUUUUGAAGGGGUCGCACAGCUUAGACAACAUACGGCAUUGAAUCAAUACACACAUAAUAUAACUGAAAUGUCUGGUUGCUACCGUGGGAAAAUGUGUCCAAACUUUUGACUGGUACUGUACUUAGACGUAAUAUUGGUGCUCAACAAUAUGUUUGGAUAUGAUAAAGGUCUAUAGUAGGGAGUGAAACUUUCAUCUUUUAUAUUUUUACAAAGGUCUAAAACAUUUACCACAGCUUGUGAAUUUAUGUACAUGAUAACCAUCUGCAACAAAAAAAAGGUACUUUUCACCUGAGCCAAUAAAAAAAGGAAGACCCUGUCCCACAUUUAGCUGGAUCCUAUUGUACUGUAUGCACUGAGUGGCCCAAGUAUUUAUUUUUUAAUUGCCUACUGUAUUUAAUUGAUUCAAUGUAAUAGUUGUACUGUGCUAAUUUUCUCUGGAUGGAAAACAAGGCAUGUCUUUUGUCUUCCAGGUUUAUGAGAGCCGUGGUUCUCGGUGCUGUGUGUAUGUUUGUCCUACAGUGUAGAGGUCAUGUUUUAAGGCCUUGUGUCUAGCAACGCCUGGUUUGAAUGACAGCUCCAGGAAGGGUGUGAGGCGUGGCUUUUAUUUGGAAACACACCACUGUAUUAGAAUAGUUUUAACCUGUCAUAUUGGAUGUGGACUGUUUGACGGCUAAGACUUGUUUAAAAGUUUCUGCUUUGUGCUCAGAGUCUGGACAGAGUGGAUUUACAGUGCAUUUGUGUCUGUAGUCAACAGUCAAGUAUAUACUAUAUAGUCAUUACUUUCUUUCUAUGCACAUUCAUUACUAUUUUUGGACUGACCUACAGUAUAUUGACAGCUGGAUUUAUUUUUUCACAAAGGGUGCUAUUAUUACGGAGGCCUUCUCCCACACCUUUUUGCAUGACCCUCUCAAAGUUUCCCCUACAGAUCUAUUGUUUUCUCCUCUACCUUCCUUGAUACGGUUUGAGCACUGUUAUUUUGUAAUCCCUUACCCUACCUUGUGAGGUUUGAAAUAAACAGAGACGCUUACAUUUUA